UCUCUCUCGCCCUCUCUCUCUUUCUCUCUUUCACUCGCUCGCUCGUUUGCUCGUCUGUCCGUUCGGGAGAAGUUCCGAGUUUACCGUCACCGUCAUUGUGACUCGCACGGAGAAACUAUCCUCUCGACGAGUUUCUCUCGGCUCUUCCCGUCCUGCCUGGUGCAUCGCCUACGCUUAGGCGCGCGUAUCGGGUGCCAUGAAAAAAACGUUCGCGGCACAUUAACGAGUUUAACCUCUUUCUUCGAGUGCCGUCUUCGCUCCGCAAUGCUUCGCCUGGUGGUUCAAGAAUACAAAGAUUCUCUCAAGUCAAAGGCAGAACAACUUUUAAUAAAAGGAUUCCCCGAGAAGAUAGUCAAAUUAAAUGAAUUGCUGGAAACACCUGGAUUCUGUAAUCGGAAGUUGUCAGAUGUACACCAAGACUUAAAUGUACCCAUUCCAGACCCUAUAAUUCUUAAUCAUUCCGAAGAUGGUCCUACUUCGAAGAAACUUAAAUUGGACAAUAAUGUGGAGGAGACUAGUGGAACCAAAGUCAUGGUACUUCCAAAUGGCCCAGUACCUUGCAACAAACCAUUGUCCGACUUGAUUCAUAUAGUUAAACCCUAUAUUAGACAACUUUUGGAGGACUCCAACUUACUAAAAAUGUGGAUUUCUUUCCUAAUCCCAAAAAUCGAGGACGGGAAUAACUUUGGCGUGUCAAUUCAAGAAGAUACAUUAGCCGAGAUCCAAUCGGUUGAGAGCGAAGCUGCAGCAUUCUUCGACCAAAUUUCUAGGUACUUUAUCUCCAGAGGUAAGAUCGUUAGUAAAGUCGCCAAGUAUCCACACAUCAUCGACUACAGAAGGGCGGUUCAGGAAUUAGACGAGAAGGAGUACGUGAGUUUAUGGCUCGUCAUGUGCGAGGUCCGCAAUCGCUACUGUUCCCUGCAUGAUCUCGUGAUGAAGAACCUGGAGAAGAUCAAACGGCCACGUUCCUCUAACGCGCAGUCUCUGUAUUAAACGUAGUUGUACGUAAACUUACACUCGCGUACGCACGGAACGUCACACACGAAUGUUCAGGCAAGAAUGUUUCGUGACAGAAAUGGAGGAAAAGAAAGAAAAGAAAAGAAAAUAAAGCAUCCAUCUCUCUCUCUCUCUCUCUCUCUCUCUCUCACAUGAUAUGACUCGACUGCCUUGGAAUUAGUUCAUCUGUUCUGACCGAUUAUGGCACUAUGAAAUAAAACCGAUAGCUACACACUA